CUUCUCUUUCUCUCAAACUUCUUUCAAAAUUCUUGACGGACACGUUUGAGCUUCACUGUCACAACUUUUGGGCUACCAAAAUGUUGGAUCUCUGUGACAACUUGGGUCACGUUGUUUACGCCACCUUGUUGUUCCAACAACUACGAAACCCCAUCGUGUUCUCUUACAAUGCAAUCAUCAUAACCUACACCUAUAAUCAGAAACAUUCCCUAGCAAUUGGUAUUUUCAACCAAAUGCUCACAUAUGCAACAAAAUCAAUGUUACCAGACAAGUUCACGUUCCCGUUUGGAUAAAAUCGUGCGCGGGUCUUCUUUGCCUUCUUCUCGGGCAACAAGUUCACACGCACGUGUGCAAAUUUGGCACCAAGUCGCAUGCAAUAACGGAUAACGCUCUGAUUGAUAUGUACACAAAGUGUAGCGAUAUGAAUGGUGCGUACCAAGUGUUUGAGGAAAUGAUUCACUUAGAUGCGGUUUCUUGGAAUAGUUUAAUAUCGGGGCACGCGAGAUUAGGACAAAUGAAGAGUGCGCGGGAAGAGUUUGAUGAAAUGCCUUGUAGGAAAAUUGUGUCUUGAACGACUAUGAUUAAUGGGUAUGCUAGAGCAGGAUGUUAUGUUAAUGCUUUGGAGAUUUUUCGUGGGAUGCAAGUGGUGGGUAUUGAGCCUGAUGAGAUCAGUGUUAUAUCUGUUCUACCCACGUGUGCGCAGCUUGGGGCUCUUGAGGUUGCACAGAUGGAAGACAAUGUUUGUCAAUUUGGGUUGUGUAGGGAGAUUUGUGGAAGGAAACAUUUCUCGUUGGAACUGAGUGGGACCAAUUGGAUUUCGUGUAUCAAUUCAAGAGGGAUUUCUCAAAUCUAGAAGAAAGCAGGAUUGCCUGUUGGUUACAAGGGUUGUCAAUUUCAUAUAGUUAUUAAGGAUUUUAUGAUUCAGGCAGGUGAUUUUGUAAAGGGUGAUGUUAAUGGAUGUGUUUCCACCUAUGGACUCAAGUUUGAUGAUGAAAAAUUCACCGCCAAACACACUGGCCCUGGCCUUCUAUCGAUGAGUGUUGAGAGAACAUUUCAACUUACUAGAGCAGACAAAGACUUGGUUUCAAAACCAAAAUUUGAUGUUGAGGCUUGGUGUAUGCUUUUGAACGACAAGAUUCCAUUCAGGAUGCAGUGGCCACUGUAUGCAGACCUGCAGGUCAAUGGUGUUCCCGUUCGUGCAACUAACAGACCUGGUUCCCAAUUGCUUGGUGCUAAUGGUCGGGAUGACGGUCCAAUUAUCACGCCAUAUACAAAAGACGAAAUUAAUAAGAUUUCCUUAACAGGAAGUGAUGCUCACAUUUUUUGUUCAGGAGUUCGUAUUGUUCAAAAGCACAGUAUGCAGCAGGUAGAUUGCAUUCAAAGCUUGAUAAAUUUAUAAGAAAACUAUUUUGAAUUACUGUUGGUUCCUUAAUCCAGCCUUGUGGCAUUGUAAUAGUAAAGUUUGAAGUAUCUCCCUGUUUGAAGUUUGGCCAAUGUUCCUAAUGUUGGUCUUUUAUGGUUGAUUUAUUAAAAAUUAGAAAUUAGAAAUAAUUUGUCAUGCUUUUUUAUUAUAUUUCAUGAAGAUGUUUGUUCACCCAUUAUAAAUUGGAAAGCACAUGUAUGGGCCUUAUAAAGUGAUGCUUUUAU